GCCGGUCCGCAUCCGCGCGGCUGGCGCCCCAUUCAUGCUGGGCAGCGGCGGCGGCCACGCAGUGGAUCCCGGGCGCGGCGGCCUCGGCCUGGGUGGCCUGCGAGGCUUCGGCGGCCCCGCGGCGGGGCGGGGCGGACGGUGGCGCGGGCGGCGGGCGGCGAUGGCCGGCGGCGGGCGCGCCCCGGGGCAGCCCGGCUGAGGCUCCCGGCCCCGUGAAGCGCAUCCCUGCAGGACCUGAGCGCCGCAGCCCGAGGCCGCAGCCCGUCAUGCUGCUGCCGCAUCUGAGCCCACGGGCGCUGCUGCCGCCACUGCUUUUGCUGCUGCUGCUGCUGCUGGGGGCCGCGCCGCGGGCGGGUGGGGGUCCACAGCCCCCUUUCCGCACCUUCACGGCCAGUGACUGGGCCCUCACCCACCUGGUGGUCCACGAGCAGACGGGCGAGGUGUACGUGGGCGCCGUGAACCGCAUCUACAAGCUGUCGGGGAACCUGACGCUGCUGCGGGCGCACGUGACGGGCCCCGUGGAGGACAAUGAGAAGUGCUACCCACCACCCAGCGUGCAGUCCUGCCCGCACGGCUUGGGCAGCACCGACAACGUCAAUAAGCUGCUGCUGCUGGACCAGGCCGCCAACCGCCUGCUGGCCUGUGGCAGCGCCUCGCAGGGCAUCUGCCAGUUCCUGCGGCUGGACGACCUCUUCAAGCUGGGCGAGCCCCACCACCGCAAGGAGCACUACCUGUCGGGCGUGCGCGAGGCGGGCAGCAUGGCGGGCGUGCUGAUCGCCGGGCCUCCCGGCCAGGCGCAGGCCAAGCUCUUCGUGGGCACGCCCAUCGACGGCAAGUCCGAGUACUUCCCCACGCUGUCCAGCCGCCGGCUCAUGGCCAACGAGGAGGAUGCCGAGAUGUUCGGUUUCGUGUACCAGGACGAGUUCGUGUCCUCGCAGCUGAAGAUCCCCUCGGACACGCUGUCCAAGUUCCCGGCCUUCGACAUCUACUACGUGUACAGCUUCCGCAGCGAGCACUUCGUCUACUACCUCACCCUGCAGCUAGACACGCAGCUGACCUCGCCCGACGCCGCCGGCGAGCACUUCUUCACGUCCAAGAUCGUGCGGCUGUGCGUGGACGACCCCAAGUUCUACUCCUACGUCGAGUUCCCCAUCGGCUGCGAGCAGGCGGGCGUGGAGUACCGCCUGGUGCAGGACGCCUACCUGAGUCGGCCUGGCCGCGCCCUGGCCCGCCAGCUGGGCCUGGCCGAGGACGAGGAGGUGCUGUUCACCGUGUUUGCCCAGGGCCAGAAGAACCGCGUGAAGCCGCCCCGGGAGUCGGUGCUGUGCCUCUUCACCCUCAGGGCCAUCAAGGAGAAGAUCAAGGAGCGCAUCCAGUCGUGCUACCGCGGCGAGGGCAAGCUCUCGCUGCCCUGGCUGCUGAACAAGGAGCUGGGGUGCAUCAACUCGCCUCUCCAGAUCGACGACGACUUCUGCGGGCAGGACUUCAACCAGCCGCUGGGCGGCACGGUCACCAUCGAGGGGACGCCCCUGUUCGUGGACAAGGACGACGGCCUGACCGCUGUGGCCGCCUACGACUACCGGGGCCGCACCGUGGUGUUCGUGGGCACACGCAGCGGCCGCAUCCGCAAGAUCCUGGUGGACCUGGCGAACCCCGGCGGCCGGCCGGCCCUGGCCUACGAGAGCGUGGUGGCCCAAGAGGGCAGCCCCAUCCUGCGUGACCUGGUCCUCAGCCCCGACCGCCAGUACCUGUACGCCAUGACGGAAAAGCAGGUGACUCGGGUGCCCGUGGAGAGCUGUGUGCAGUACACGUCGUGUGAGCUGUGCCUGGGGUCACGGGACCCCCACUGCGGCUGGUGUGUCCUGCACAGCACCUGCUCCCGCCGGGACGCCUGCGAGCGGGCGGCCGAGCCCCAGCGCUUCGCCGCGGACCUGCUGCAGUGCGUACAGCUGACCGUGCAGCCCCGCAACGUGUCCGUGACCACGUCUCAGGUUCCGCUCGUGCUGCAGGCCUGGAAUGUGCCCGACCUCUCGGCCGGCGUCAACUGCUCCUUCGAGGACUUCACCGAGUCCGAGGGCGUCCUGGAGGAUGGCCGGAUUCACUGCCGCUCCCCCUCUGCGCGGGAGGUGGCGCCCAUCACGCGGGGCCAAGGAGACCAGCGGGUGGUUAAGCUCUACCUGAAGUCCAAGGAGACGGGCAAGAAGUUUGCGUCCGUGGACUUCGUCUUCUACAACUGCAGCGUCCACCAGUCCUGCCUGUCCUGCGUCAGCGGCUCCUUCCCUUGCCACUGGUGCAAGUACCGCCACGUGUGCACACACAACGCCGCCGACUGUGCCUUCCUGGAGGGCCGCGUCAACGUGUCCGAGGACUGCCCGCAGAUCCUGCCCUCCACCCAGAUCUACGUGCCGGUGGGUGUGGUGAAGCCCAUCACCCUGGCUGCCCGGAACCUGCCGCAGCCGCAGUCGGGCCAGCGGGGCUAUGAGUGCCUGUUCCACCUCCCGGGGGGCCCGGCCCGCGUCGCCGCCCUGCGCUUCAACAGCUCCAGCCUGCAGUGCCAGAACUCCUCGUACUCCUACGAGGGCAACGACGUCAGUGACCUGCCCGUGAACCUGUCCGUGGUGUGGAACGGCCACUUCGUCGUCGACAACCCGCAGAACAUCCAGGCCCACCUGUACAAGUGCCCGGCCCUGCGGGAGAGCUGCGGUCUCUGCCUCAAGGCCGACCCUCGCUUCGAGUGCGGCUGGUGCGUGUCCGAGCGCCGCUGUUCCCUGCGCCCCCACUGCCCCGCGGACUCGCCCGCUGCCUGGAUGCACGCCCGCCACGGCAGCAGCCGCUGCGCCGACCCCAAGAUCCUCAAGCUGUCCCCUGAGACGGGCCCGCGGCAGGGAGGCACGCGGCUCACCAUCACGGGCGAGAACCUGGGGCUGCGCUUUGAGGACGUGCGGUUGGGCGUGCGCGUGGGCAAGGUGCUGUGCAGCCCCGUGGAGAGCGAGUACAUCAGCGCUGAGCAGAUCGUCUGCGAGAUCGGGGACGCCAGCGCCGUGCGGGCCCACGAUGCCUUGGUGGAGGUGUGCGUGCGGGACUGCUCCCCCCACUACCGCGCCCUGUCGCCCAAGCGCUUCACCUUUGUGACGCCGACCUUCUACCGUGUGAGUCCUGCCCGAGGGCCCCUUUCGGGGGGCACCUGGAUCGGCAUCGAGGGUAGCCACCUGAACGCAGGCAGCGACGUGGCUGUGUCUGUCGGCGGCCGGCCCUGCUCCUUCUCCUGGAGGAAUUCCCGGGAGAUCCGAUGCCUGACGCCCCCCGGGCAGAGCCCCGGCAGUGCCCCCAUCGUCAUCAACAUCAACCGCGCUCAGCUCACCAAUCCCGAGGUCAAAUACAACUACACCGAGGACCCCACCAUCCUGAGGAUUGACCCCGAGUGGAGCAUCAACAGCGGAGGGACCCUCCUAACGGUCACGGGCACCAACCUGGCCACCGUCCGCGAACCCCGCAUCCGGGCCAAGUACGGAGGCGUCGAGAGGAAGAACCCCGGUGUCCCUGUCUUGCGUCCCCAGAGCUGCCUAGUGUACAACGACACCACCAUGGUGUGCCGGGCCCCGUCGGUGGACAACCCUGCCCGCAGCCCGCCCGAGCUGGGCGAGCGGCCUGACGAGCUGGGCUUUGUCAUGGACGACGUCCGGGCCUUGCUGGUGCUCAACGCCUCGACCUUCCUCUACUACCCGGACCCCGUGCUGGAGCCGCUCAGCCCCACCGGCCUCCUGGAGCUGAAGCCCGGCUCGCCCCUCAUCCUCAAGGGCCGCAACCUCCUGCCGCCGGCGCCCGGCAACUCUCGGCUCAACUACACGGUGCUCGUCGGCUCCACGCCCUGCGCCCUCACCGUGUCGGAGACACAGCUGCUCUGCGAGUCGCCCAACCUCACCGGGCAGCACAAGGUCACGGUCCGGGCCGGCGGCUUCGAGUUCUCGCCGGGGGUGCUGCAGGUGUACUCGGACAGCCUGCUGACGCUGCCCGCCAUCGUGGGCAUCGGCGGGGGCGGGGGCCUCCUGCUGCUGGUCAUCGUGGCUGUGCUCAUCGCCUACAAGCGCAAGUCGCGGGACGCCGACCGCACCCUCAAGCGCCUGCAGCUCCAGAUGGACAACCUGGAGUCCCGCGUGGCCCUCGAGUGCAAGGAAGCCUUUGCGGAGCUGCAGACGGACAUCCACGAGCUGACCAACGACCUGGACGGUGCCGGCAUCCCGUUCCUUGACUACCGCACGUACGCCAUGCGGGUCCUCUUCCCCGGCAUCGAGGACCACCCGGUGCUCAAGGAGAUGGAGGUGCAGGCUAACGUGGAGAAGUCGCUGACACUGUUCGGGCAGCUGCUGACCAAGAAGCACUUCCUGCUGACCUUCAUCCGUACGCUGGAGGCCCAGCGCAGCUUCUCCAUGCGGGACCGCGGCAACGUGGCCUCGCUCGUCAUGACGGCCCUGCAGGGCGAGAUGGAGUACGCCACGGGCGUGCUCAAGCAGCUGCUGUCCGACCUCAUCGAGAAGAACCUGGAAAGCAAGAACCACCCAAAGCUGCUGCUGCGGCGGACUGAGUCGGUGGCAGAGAAGAUGCUGACCAACUGGUUCACCUUCCUUCUGUACAAAUUCCUCAAGGAGUGCGCCGGGGAGCCGCUCUUCCUGCUCUACUGCGCCAUCAAGCAGCAGAUGGAGAAGGGCCCCAUUGACGCCAUCACGGGCGAGGCGCGCUACUCCCUGAGCGAGGACAAGCUCAUCCGCCAGCAGAUCGACUACAAGACGCUGACCCUGAACUGCGUGAACCCUGAGAACGAGAACGCGCCCGAGGUGCCGGUGAAGGGGCUGAACUGCGACACGGUGACGCAGGUCAAGGAGAAGCUGCUGGACGCCGUGUACAAGGGCGUGCCCUACUCCCAGCGGCCCAAGGCCGGGGACAUGGACCUGGAGUGGCGCCAGGGCCGCAUGGCCCGCAUCAUCCUGCAGGAUGAGGACGUCACCACCAAGAUCGAUAACGACUGGAAGAGGCUGAACACGCUGGCGCACUACCAGGUGACGGAUGGGUCCUUGGUGGCCCUGGUGCCCAAGCAGACGUCCGCCUACAAUAUCUCCAACUCGUCCACCUUCACCAAGUCCCUCAGCAGAUACGAGAGCAUGCUGCGCACCGCCAGCAGCCCCGACAGCCUGCGCUCGCGCACGCCCAUGAUCACGCCCGACCUGGAGAGCGGCACCAAGCUGUGGCACCUGGUCAAGAACCACGACCACCUGGACCAGCGCGAGGGCGACCGUGGCAGCAAGAUGGUUUCCGAGAUCUACCUGACGCGGCUGCUGGCCACCAAGGGCACGCUGCAGAAGUUCGUGGACGACCUCUUCGAGACCAUCUUCAGCACGGCGCACCGGGGCUCGGCCCUGCCGCUGGCCAUCAAGUACAUGUUCGACUUCCUGGACGAGCAGGCCGACCAGCACCAGAUCCACGACGCAGACGUGCGCCACACCUGGAAGAGCAACUGCCUGCCCCUGCGCUUCUGGGUGAACGUGAUCAAGAACCCACAAUUCGUAUUCGACAUCCACAAGAGCAGCAUCACGGACGCCUGCCUGUCGGUGGUGGCCCAGACCUUCAUGGACUCCUGCUCCACAUCUGAGCACAAGCUGGGCAAGGACUCGCCUUCCAACAAGCUGCUCUACGCCAAGGACAUCCCCAACUACAAGAGCUGGGUGGAGAGGUACUACGCAGACAUCGCCAAGAUGCCCGCCAUCAGCGACCAGGACAUGAGCGCGUACCUGGCUGAGCAGUCGCGGCUGCACCUGAGCCAGUUCAACAGCAUGAGCGCCCUGCACGAGAUCUACUCCUACAUCAGCAAGUACAAGGAUGAGAUCCUGACGGCCCUGGAGAAGGAUGAGCAGGCACGGCGGCAGCGGCUCCGGAGCAAGUUGGAGCAGGUGGUGGACACCAUGGCCCUGAGCAGCUGAGCCGUCGCCCACGGCUGCCUGGCCAGCAGGAGAGUGAGAGGGCCCUCGGGGGCGGUCCCUGUGCAGCGGCCAGAGCUGGGAGGUCCACGGAGGCAGCCUCGCCCCAGCCAUGCCAGGUGCCCUGCGCCGCGGGCCGGGUGUGCAGUCCUGGUCCCCCUCGCCGCCCCUGUCCCCUUCCCGCCUGCGGGGGUCCCGGCUCUUAUUGGUGUGGGUGAGACGGUGCCUGCAGCACCCUCCACGCCCAGAGCUGCUCGCCGUGGGGCUGGGGAGCCCAGGUGUGGCCGGGGGCCUUCUCAGGACAGUGGGUGACUGCUGAGGUCCCCGGGGUGAGGCAGGAGUCCUCCUGUAGGGAGAGGUUGGGCUGCCGAGGCCAGGAGGGCCAGGCCCAGGGGCUGGGAGGGGGUCAGCUGUGCCCGGCUCCCUAGGCAGAGUCUGAGGGCUGGGGCGUGGCUGGCGGCUGGGCGGGGAGACUGAAUGCUCAGGGCCCAGCCACGGUGAGCUGAAGUCGGUCCAGGCGUCACCACCCACCUGCCACGUGCCGGCAACCCUACACUCACCAGUGCACCGCCGCUGCCAUCCUCCGAUUCACCGCGUGCUCUCCGCGGCCGAGGCCAGAGCGCCACGUCGACCUCGCCCAGAGAGAGGCCCCCGGCUCCCUCCCAUGGAGGGGCUGCAGGACGGCUCCACGCAGGGCCCAAGUGACUUCCAGAAGGACUCGGAUCCCGUUCCGUCCUCAGGGCUGUGCCUCUGGGAGCCGCUGGGGCCUGGGGCUCCGGGUCAUGUGUGCACGUUCCCCUUAUUUAUUCCCCCCACCGCGCCCACCCCCGUCCCGGGCUGAGCUCUCGGCUGUGGAGGUCCCGGGAGCAGCCCCGAGCACCCUCCUCCCCCUCCCUGGCCCCGACCCGCCUUCCAGCGGCGUCAGUCUGGCCCCUCAGCAGCGUGCUGGCCCCUCGGAGCGGGGGGACAUCUGGGGGCUGUUGCUCGUGUUUUAGGGGAGCAAGGGGGUCCUACUGUGCUCUGCUUGGGCAGCGGGGCCGUGGGGGCCUCGGACCACACCCACUGGCCUGGCCAGGAGCAGGACGCGGUGACCAGGGGGCCUACAGAGCCGGUCUGCCCGUCCUGCUCUCAGCGAGCAAAAGAACGCGUUUUUAAUUAAAAAAUCUGUACAUAUAUAUCCAUAUAUAUAUAUAUAUAUAUAUGUGGCUCUAGCCUGUCUCCAGCCCCAGUGGGGUCCUGUACAGUUACCUGGAGGAGGAGGAAUUUUACACUUUAGAAUAAGAGAAUUAAGGGAGCGGGAAAGCAAUACCAAAUGGUCGUGGAGAAAGUGGCCAGAGCUUCCCCGCUGGAGCACCCCCGAGGCCUCCGCCCUCGACCUGCGGGUCGUCCUGUUUUCGUUUUGACGUGAGAAGGAGAGGACUUCUCGGGCCGAGAGCUUCCCGGACGCGGGCCGUGGAUUCCUGCAUGACUGUGCUAGCGUUUAGUCUGACUUGAUCUUUUUAAAACUGCAAGUGUUGAAUACUAGAGGUUGUUAGGCCUUUUUUUCAUGUUUUUUAAUUAAUCAGUCACUUGUGAAGGCAGUGGCCUGUCCCCUUUUCAAUUCACUUUUUCGACGGUACUACAGAUUCCCGCGGACUUUCAGGGACAGCUAGCUGUGGCCGGCCCCGCGCCCCCGGCCGCCCGUCUUGGGUUCCCCCCAAGCAGCGUGAGCCAGACCGCACACCACCAUCAGCCAAGGAGCUGCUCCCUCGCGGGAGGAGGGGUGAAACCCGCCACCUCCUGACUCAGGGAGCUCCUGGAACCGGGGUGAAGGGGUCCCUGGGCCCCGUGGGCACUGAGCAAGGCUCGGGCCCCCCACGCGGUGGGUGUCCAGCAGGAGCUCAGGCCGGGCGGGCGCCGGCCGGGGCCGGGUUCCGUCCGGGUUCCGUCCGGGUGCAGGUCUCGCUCCCCCCGAGUCUUCCCUGAAGCUGCUUCUGAUCGAAGCCCCCGUUCUUCCAGCCCCGCUCGGGUCAGGGGGCUCCUCAGCCGCUGCGCCGCCGUCUUCAGAAUCCAGUCCCAGCCCCCGUUCCUCGGGCCUUCCCGGCCCCGUGCUUGCCCCGCGGGCGGCGGGCUGGGCGGUGGUGACGCAGGAGGGGAGCCAGCCCUGCGGGCGCGAGGCCUCGUGGAGCGCGUGCGCGGGCCAGGUGCAAGCACUUUAGCGCCGUCUGUUUACACACGAGCUGAUCGCUGACCUACGCCUGCAGUCCAGUCCGCAGCACGGCCGCCCCUUCCUCUCCCGGGGCUGGAGUCAGGCCAAGUCCUCCUCCUCGCUCGUCUCCAUGGUCCUGCUGGCCCUACUGCACCUUCGGCACUGGGCCCAGGCGCCCGCCGUCACCUCCCCGUCCUCCUGCCGGGCACUCGGACCCCAAGCUCCGGCUCUGGCCUGAGGGUGGCCGGAGUGUGGUGUGGGAGCGCUGCUCCGCGCAGGUGGGCGGCCCCCAAGGCCCCUCUGCAGCCCCAGGGCCGGGGGUCUGGGCCGUGGUGUGGGGCGGUGUGCCGGGAUGCCUGCCGCCCCGGGCCCCCUCCCGCCCUCGCCCGCACGCGUCUCAGGAGCGCCAGGACGGCUCGGCCUCGGUCGGGAGGCUAGCCUCUCCAUAUACCUCGAGCUUGCCCGCACUCCCCGACCCGGGCCCCAGGCCGACGGGAGAGGUCCCCCCGCCCUCCCCGCUUUGCCCUUGCUGAGCGAGCCCCGCCAGUGCUGGAGCUGAGGGCUCACGCCGUUGGUGCUACACAAGCUAGAAUAGAUAUAUUUAGAGAGAGAGAUAUUUUUAAGACGAAGCCCACGAUUAGCUGUCCUUUGACGCCGCAAACCCCCACCCAAAAGAAGAGCGAUCGCUCGGCAGCCUGAGCGGCCCCUCUGCCGCCGCCUCUCCCGGGGGCGGUGUGGCUCGCAGGCUGUGUAAAUACACGGCCAUUUCCUAUUUUACUGUCUCAGAUUUAGUACUUGUAAAUAAACACACAUUAAGGAGAGAAUAAACAUUUUUGCUAA